CUGCUUCUUGGGUCUCAAGAGCAGCAGCAGGAGCAGAUCUAGAGCCAAACACAGCUCACUUCCAACAAAACAAAAGAAAACCAAACCCACAAGUGUUUCCGGGCUUCCGUUGGAGCGUUGUUGUGACGUUGCCUGCUUGCUUGCUUGAGGGAGCAAGCGAUACUGCCUACUGCCGCCACCCUCUCGCACGGUCGCACCGUUACUCCAAGAGGCAAGGAUGUCUGUGGCGGUGUGCCGUGGCCCGGCCAUGCCGGCGUUCGAGCCCUCGGGCUGGCUGCGCCCGGCUGAGAAGGCGUACAAGCCGGAGGUCGCCGUCGACGACCGGCCGGCGCAGUUGGACAUAUGGAAUGCUAUCCAGGCCGACGUCGACAAGGUGGCCGCCGGCGACAAGAAGGCGGCCAAGCCGUACGUCCACCCGCUGGUGCGCCGGUCGUCGAGCCUGAUGAGCCAGAAGAGCCUCGAGAUCUGCACCGAGAGCCUCGGCUCCGAGACCGGCUCCGGCGACUUCACCGCGUCGCUGGACGACAUGGCGAGCCUCUUCGGCACGCCGGUGGCGCCGGCGUCGAAGCUUGCGGAUGCGGAGGAGUCCUUCUGGCAGCAGGGCGCGGCGCGCGGCGGCUGCGAGCAGGAGGAGGCGUGGGGGAGGAAGGAGCUCGUGGCGGUGAACUAUCACUGCUCGGGCGGGACGCGGUCACCGCCCCGCUCGUUCCCGCCGCCGCUUCCAUCCAUGUCGAGCCGCGACAGGCCGUGCCUGCAGAUGCGCCCUCGCCGCCAGGACGGGCGCCUCAUCGUCGACGCCGUGGUCGUGAGGCCGCGUGGGUACCUCAACGCGAGGCGCCAGGGCGGUCGCCUGGUCCUCUCCUUCGUCGACUGCUCUGCUCGCGAGCAGAGCGCGGCGAGCAUGACCGCCGUGCCAGCCGAGGCGCCGUACUUCCCGGUCGUGGACGCCAAGCACGAUCAGAACGAGGAGCUCGCCACGGAAGUCGAGGAGGAAGACGAGGUCGAAGAGGAGGAGGUGGAGGUGGUCGACAGGGGCACCGUCGUUGAGGUCAAGGUGAGCACGCAGCCCCAGACGCCGACCGCCGCCAAGGUGCACCGCUCGACGCUCGUCAUCAACAAGUUCGUCGGCAGCACGCCGCUGAGCGUCGCCGACCAGCCCCGGCCCAACGCCGACGCGCCACCGGAGCCCGAGGCAGCGCCAUCCGCCGCCGCCGCCGCCGAAACGGCGGACGCGCCACCCCCGACGCUCCGCCGCGUGCCGUCCUCCACCUCCACCACGACGCUGGCGGCCGCGGUCGCCGUGGCCUCGACCUCCACCGACGCCGACGACGAGCUGCACCACCCGGCCGGCGCCGCCCCCGCCGCCGACACCAAGCAGCUCCUCCUCUUCACCUCCCGCUGCCGAGACAAGCAGGAGCUUCUCCAGAGCGUGCGCCAGUGCCGGCAGCUGCGGCAGAAGCCCCUCUUCAUCCUCGAGCCCUACUGCAUUGCCACCUCCUAAGCUCGCCGCCGCCGGCACCGCCACACCCACGAUUUGCUAGCUAGGCUCAUAAUUAAUCAACCAACCAAUCAAGCGAAACACGCACGAUUUGCUACAAAAAAAUUACCACCAUUACUACUCCAUUAUUUAUUAAUAACCUUAAGCUCGUCGUGACACACAGUAGCUGCUGCUGGGCUUUUUGUGACACACGCUUUGGGCGCGUGUCGUUCGGUAUUUCCAGUUUUUUUUCUCUUCUUCCUUUUUACAGCGGUCGGUUCAGUGAUCGAUCGCCACCCCCCAUUUGGUCCCUCUGCAGCGGCUGCUUGGUGCAAGUCGAGUGUGCAGUGCACCUCGUGUUGUAAACUGUCUAUAUAGUCAUCACCACCACCAUCAUGUAUUUCCCAGUGUGAUUUGAGUAAUUAAUUGACAGAUUUGCUUCCAAAAAAAACCACAUGUUCAUGUUUGAUUAGAUCGUUCUUCUUGUUCUUG